UGAGCAGUGCUGAAGAGCCGGGUGUCGGGGUUUAUUGAUAUCACCCGGGGCCGCGCGGGGCUGUCAGCUGCACAUUCAGCCUCCCGCGACCCCCUAAGGUGCGGGUCCUGGCAGCUCUAAAGGAAUCCGCACAAAAAAAAAAUCCCUUUUUUUGUUCGGCCCAAGGGAACCGCCUGGACGAGGGCUCGGACGUGGAGUCGGAGCCGGACCUGCCGCUGAAGCGCAAGCAGCGCCGCAGCCGCACCACGUUUACGGCCGAGCAGCUGGAGGAGCUGGAGAAGGCCUUCGAGAGGACCCACUACCCCGACAUCUACACCCGCGAGGAGCUGGCCCAGCGCACCAAGCUCACCGAGGCCCGCGUGCAGGUGUGGUUCAGCAACCGGCGGGCGCGCUGGCGCAAGCAGGCAGGAGCCAACCAGCUGGCAGCCUUCAACCACCUGCUGCCGGGGGGCUUCCCGCCCACGGGAAUGCCGGCGCUGCCCCCGUACCAGCUGCCCGAGUCCUCCUACCCCAGCACCACCAUCUCCCAAGACGGCGGCAGCACCGUGCACCGGCCGCAGCCGCUGCCGCCCUCCACCAUGCACCAGGGCGGCCUGGCCGCCGCCACCGACUCCGGCUCGGCCUACGGCGCCCGGCACAGCUUCUCCAGCUACUCCGAGAGCUUCAUGAACGCCACAGCCCCCGCCAACCACAUGAACCCCGUCAGCAACGGCCUCUCCCCGCAGGUGAUGAGCAUCCUGAGCAACCCCAGCGGGGUCCCGCCGCAGCCCCAGGCCGAUUUCUCCAUCUCUCCCCUCCACGGCGGCCUGGACAGCACCAACUCCAUCUCGGCCAGCUGCAGCCAGCGCAGCGACUCCAUCAAGUCCGUGGAGAGCCUCCCGACCUCGCAGUCCUACUGUCCCCCCACCUACAGCACCACCAGCUACAGCGUGGACCCCGUGGCCGGCUACCAGUACGGCCAGUACGGGCAGACUGCCGUGGAUUACCUGGCCAAGAACGUCAGCCUGUCCACGCAGCGCCGCAUGAAGCUGGGCGAGCACUCGGCCGUGCUGGGGCUGCUGCCGGUGGAGACGGGCCAGGCCUACUGAGAGCCCCUCGCCAGGGACCCCUGGAGACCCCCGCCGGCCCCCAGGGAUCCUCCCCGCCCCGUUCCACCCCAGCUGCCGAGGAGAUGGGAGACGGGGGAGCUCUCCCAGGAUCCGGCUCCUCCAGAGCAUUCCAGAGGCACGUCCGGCCUCUGGGGCCUGACUCCUCCUCCUGUGGCCAGAGACAACGGGCUGGGUGCAUUUAUCAACCCCGCUCCAGCCCCCCCUCCACAGCCCUGGCCACGGCAUUCCCCACGCUCCAGGACUUUCCAUUCCUAGGUAGCUGGCAUAGUCAAAGCCAAAUGAGCGCUUUGAUAUUUUUUUUUUUCUUUGUAAAGGGAGAAAAAGAGAAAUGUUUCAUUUUGUUUCCUUUUCUUUCCGUUGCUGUAAAUUUGGUGAAUGUUGUAUAGGAAGGAAUAACCCAGCUGAGCAUUAAGGGUGAUGUAAAUCGGGACCAUGGAAGACCUAUGGACCAAAAAUAAGGACUUGUUUAAAAAACAAACAAACAAACAAACUGCAAAGGCAAAUGAAAGCAGAAAAACAUUUAUUCAAGGGACAGCAAAUUUCCCCAGCCCAGCCUACCCUCCCUUCUCACCGGUGGCUUCCCAAAGCAGGGCCGGAGGGGCCAGAUCGCUGCUAAGCAGGGCUGGGGUGGAAUUCCAGCCAGCCUGGGACCUUUGGAAAUGUGAACGGCUGCAGGAGGAGCGGAGAGGAAGGGCCCGGGUGACACUCACUGCUCCUCCGAGGGACAAUCCAGACACGAGUGUCACCGCCAGGCCACGGCAGCAGAGCGGCGGCAGCGGGGACAGCGCUGGCCUGGCACGAGGAGGGGCUGCAGACACACCCUGGGGACACGGGGCACUGCUGGCCCUGCUGGCUCUGAGCUGGCCACAGGAGCAAAGACAAGAGGGCAGGGCCAGGAACUCACUGAGCAGAGCCGGGUUCUGCCAUGGGAGUCCCCUGGAAGGGAACGGAGCUGAGCCUGGAGGAGCUGCCCUGGCCAGGACAAGGAGCCAGGACAGAGGAGCUGAGGGGUUUCUGCAGCAGCCAGGACAGGAAGGGGCUCCAGCUGCCCCUCUCCACACUGCAGGGAUGGGAUUCAUCUUCCUGAGGCAUUCCCUGUUCUCACUGCCAGGAGAAAGCUUUGCUCCAUCCAUCCAUCCAUCCAUCCAUCCAUCCAUCCAUCCAUCCAUCCAUCCAUCCCUCAUCCAUCCAUCCAUCCAUCCAUCCAUCCAUCCAUCCAUCCA